AUGAAGAAAAAUUCUAAAGAACUUGCUUCAUGUUAUAAAAAACUUCUACAAAAUGGUCAUAAUUCUGAUGUGAUUAUUCGCUUUGACCAAGGAGACGAUUUAAAAGAGCUUUAUGCACACUCACUUAUUUUAAGAGCGCGCUCUAACUUUUUUGAUAGUGCUCUUUUCAGUAGGUGGGCUAGGAAAGAAGGAAAAAUUUUCAUUAUUGAAAUGAAAGAUGUAUCAAUAAAUAUAUUUAAAGCUGUUUUAAGGUACAUAUAUACCACUGAGAUUUCUUUGGAUGAAUUAAGUGGUGUUGAGAUUUUGGAAAUUUUAGUGGAAACUGACAGAUUACAACUUCUUAUUGAAGGAUUUAAUAGAAAAUUAAUUUCUUAUGUACGCGAAAACUUGGAAGAAAUAAUACGAAAUGAUGCAAUUAAAACAUUACAAAUAAUUUUUCAAUUUAAUAAUAUAUUCGAGACAUUGCACGGAUCAUGCCUUCAACUUAUAUGUGCUUAUCCAAAUAUG